AGUAGGAGCAAAAGCCAGCUAAUGUGAAGGCUGGACCUAUAAAACCUUUUAAAAUCAGCACCCAAGAUCCAAGGCAAGUAGCCAUGGUUAACCUAGAAAUCAGUACAAGAUCCGGCCAACGGAACCAAGCUAAGCUGCGUUCACCUCAUCAGCCCGGUGCGUGAUUACGAUCAGAAAGCAAACGCCAUUCGCAAAUCCUCCGUUUCAUACAACGCCUGUCCGAACCACGCGUGGAAAUCCGCCCGCCACCCGCAGAUAUCUAAUGGCGUUUCCAAAAUCCACGCCGCAAAUACUUAGCAACCAAGGCAUGGCGAAAACGGUUGCCGACGCGGCUCCGGAUCGUGCAAGAACGCCGUUCCAUGCUGACGUGGGAAACGGCGAUUGGCGCAUCUCUCGGAGAGUAAUCUGUUACGUGGCGGUGAUUGGAAAGUUGUUUGCCAAACCAGCAGCAUGCGGACGGGCGCUUCUUUGGUGAAAUCAGCCGUCGCGUAAGCGUGACGCCACCCCGACGCAUGCGCUCGCACAAAGCAAUGGGAAAGCGAACGGUUUCCGCGUUGACAGAUAGAAUGCGACCACGACUUCCACGUCCCCACCUUCUUCCCCUCUCACAGAUCUCUCGAUUCCCCACAACCCCUUCCCCCUCUCCCCUUCAUCGCCACCCCCACCACCCUCAGUUCACACCCUUUCUCGAUCGAUCUCCUUUCUCACUCACUUCCCUUCUCUAUAACUAUCUCAAGCUAGCUAGCCAUGGAGCUGCACCACCUCUUCAACCCUUAUUACCUCAACGUGAAUCCCCCGACCGAGGGUGGCGACGGAGAUCGAGAUCGAGAUCGAGAUCGGGAGCGAGACCGAGACCGGUUCCCCCAAUGGACCCACGCCGAGACCAAGGAGUUCUUGGCCAUCCGGGCCGAGCUCGAUCGGAGCUUCAUGGAGACCAAGCGUAACAAGCCGUUGUGGCGAGCCAUCUCCGCGCGGCUGGAGCAGAAGGGUUUCAACCGCACCCCGGAGCAGUGCAAGUCCAAGUGGAAGAAUCUCGUCACUCGUUUCAAGGGGACGGAGGCCGCGGAGGGGGAGGGCAGCAGGCAGUUCCCCUUCUACGAGGAGAUGCGGAUGAUAUUCUCGGAGAGGAUGGAGAGGCUGCUGGCAUUGGACAGAGACAAAGGGAAGGGAGUGCGUCCAGGGAGAGGAGUGGGGGAGGAGGAGGUGGAGCAGGAGGAGGAGAAGGUGGGGGAGAGUAAAAAGAAGAGGAAGGUGGAGAGGAAGAGGGUAUCUGAAGGAGAGGUGGAGAAUGCUCUCAGGGAGUUUGCGAGGCGGCAGCUGGAAAUGGAGGCUCGAUGGAUGGAGGCCGCGGAGGCGAGGGAGGCAGAGAGGAGGGCUAAAGAAGAGGAGUGGAGGAGAGCGAUGGAGGCUUUGGAGGAGGAGAGGAGGGUGAUGGAGAGGAGGUGGAGGGAGAGGGAGGAGGAGCGGCGAGCCAGGGAGGAGGCCCGGGCCGAGAGGCGGGAUGCCUUGGUAACCGCCCUUCUUGCUAAGCUAUCAAAAGAAGGGUUGUAGUUUUGUUAGGGUUGUAGCUCAUUGUUAAGCAAUAUAGGGCUAGCUUCCGUAUCGAUCCUGGAAUGAAACGUGGAAGGAAAAGAGAAACAAAUUAAAAGGUUUGCACUUUGAACUUGGCCUUUGAUUUUGAAUCUAAUGCUGCUAUUUACUUUUGUUUUUUC